AUGGCUUUACCUCCAUCCCAGAGACUGUGGGUGGGGAUGUUGGUGGUAAUGGUGGUUGAGCUCCCUGGAGUCCUGCAGAAGUGCAUCUUUGAUGAGGUUCAGGCUCAGGUCAGAGCGGUCAGAGCUGCACCCAUCCACCCAGACAGCCCACCCAACGAGCCCAGACUCAGAUCCCUGACCGGGCAAGAGCACCCGCCACCCUCUAAGCAACAAACCAAUGGUGGAGGAUGGAGGACAGUGAAGUCCCCUCCUGCCUCUCCACAGCCAAUCAGGAUCCACACCUGGAUUCCAAGAGAGAACGACAACCUAUCAGACGCAGAGAAAGACAGACUGAAGUCAGCAGUGGCCGAGGCUGUGAGGGUGGUGUCUUCUUUACUAUCAGUGAACAGAGUACUGGGUCCUCUGCUGCUCAGCAGAGACGUCAACAAAUACUGCAAGUUUAUCUGGAGCAAUUCAAGAAACACCAACUACAACAGGUGUGGUCGAGCUAACAACAACUACAGGAGUGAGACCUGUCUGGAUGUGACGAUCCCAGAUGAUCACCUGGCUGGAUGUGACAUUUACCCAGAGCCAGAUUCACCUCGUAGGACUGUUCUCAGACCUGAAGGUGCUGGACUCCCUGACACUGACUUCCUGCUGUACCUCCACACACAGUCCACUGACAAGUGCAGAGCAGAGCCUGAUGUGUUUGCCUACGCUGUCCACUGCCAGACAGACACCCAUGGGCGACCUGUGGCUGGGGUGGUGGUCAUCUGCAGACUGACAGAAUCCACGUACAACCACCAGGCUACAGUACAGACUAUGAUCCAUGAGCUGUUUCAUGCACUUGGUUUCUCUAAAGAUCUCUUCCACACCUGGAGAGAUUGUUCCUCCUCUUCUCAAGUGGGUGCUGGAUGUUCACCUCGGGGGAAAGUGAUUCACUCUGAUGGAUCGGGCCAGAUGAGGAUUUACACCCCGUCUGUCAUCUCAGCUCUGCAGAGGCACCUGGCAUCAACUGACCCUGAGCUGGGAGGGCCGCUGGAGAACCUGGAUGUACAGCCAGGUAGAGUGUCCUCUCACUGGGAGUCCCGGGUCCUGCGGGGGUCCAUCAUGGCAGCGGUGCUGGAGGACUCCACCACAGUCCGGAUCGACCCAAUCACUUUAGCUGCGUUACAAGACACAGGCUGGUACACUGUCAACCUGAGCCGGGCACAGAGUCUGGUCUGGGGUGACGGUGAAGGAGCCAUGUUUGGCUCCCUGUCAACCUGCCAAGACAACUCCUCAUUCUUUUUCUGCACUGGCAGUGGAGUUGGGUGUCAUUUUCUUCACCUCCACAAGGGGGAGUGCCAGACUGAUCCAUACCUGGAGGGAUGUGGUGUGUUCAAACCCCUCAAAAAUGCAAGUGAAUGCUGGAAAAAGGACAACACCAGGCAGACAGCUGGAGACGAUUGGAGUGGGGAGAUUUUGGGCCUCAACAGCCGACAAUGUUUUCUUACCUGUAUCCUCUGUUUAACAUUAUUCUGUUCUCUCUCCACUUGUCUUUUACAUCUAUACAUACAUCAGUCUUUUGUGUCUAGCAGCUCUGUGGAGGGUCGCUGUUACAGACACAGGUGUACUGGACCAAACAGGUACCAAAUCCAGGUGUAUGGCUCUGAGUGGGUGGACUGUCCAUCAGGGGACACAGUUCAGAUAAAAGGAUACCAGGGUUUAGUUUUCUGCCCUGACAGGAGGUUAUGCCUGUACCCUGACAUUAACCCUCCCUCAGACGACGUUAAUACAUUUCCCUCUUCUCACACAAGG